UUACGCUGGCCAAUGAGAGCGUCUGAAACUGUUCUUUGUACUAUGCACUGCGAUAGAAACACAGUUGCCUCUCCCCUUUCAGUAGUUUUCAUUUGUGGUGAGAUUCUCUCCCAGGACACAAGACAUUUCCUCCUCUGAACCUUAUUUACUAAUUUCCACUGCUUUUAAGACCCAGCACUGAAAAUGCAAUCUCAGGCGCCAGUGGUCGUUGUGACCCAACCUGGAGUCGGUAUGGCACCCCAGAACUCCGACUGGCAGACAAGCAUGUGUGACUGCUUCAGCGACUGCGGAGUCUGUCUCUGUGGCACGUUUUGUUUCCCAUGCCUUGCGUGUCAAGUUGCAGCUGAUAUGAACGAAUGCUGUCUGUGUGGAACGAGCGUCGCAAUGAGGACUCUCUACAGGACCCGAUAUGGCAUCCCUGGAUCUAUUUGUGAUGACUAUAUGGUAACCCUUUGCUGUCCUCACUGUUCUCUUUGCCAAAUCAAGAGAGAUAUCAACAGAAGGAGAGCCAUGCGUGCUUUCUAAAAACUGAUGGUGAAAAGCUCUUACUGAAGCAACAAAAAUCAGCAGACAGCUCUUCAGCUUGAGUUCUUCGCCAUCUUUUGCAACUGAAAUAUGAUGGAUGUGUUUGAGUACAACUGAUGGCAUGGAAAAACUCAAAUUUUUGAUUUGUUAUAAAUGAAUGUUGUCCCUGAGCUUAGCUAAAUGGUGCAGCUUAGUUUCUCCUUGCUUUCAUAUUAUCGAAUUUCCUGGUUUAUGAACCUUUAAAAUUACAUUUGAAAUAUAAACCAAAUAAAAGAUUUUACUGACAAGAUUCUUCAUGCCUUUUUGCUCCCCUUAAAAUGUCUUUUUCACUAGUUAAUUCCAAAGGUCAGUCUCAUAAUUUUGUUUUUAUACUUUGGUUUCUUUUUUCUUUUCUUUUCUUUUUUUUUUUUUUUAACAGAGUUGGGGGUCUUUCCAUUUUUUUUUUUUUUUUUUGAGAUGGAGUCCCACUUUGUCACCCAGGCUGGAAUGCAGUGGUGCAAUCUCAGCUUACUGCAAUCACCACCUCCUGGGUACAAGCGAUUCUCCUGCCUCAGUCUCCCGAGUAGCUGGGAUUGCAGGUGCCUGCCACCUCGCCCAGCCAAUUUUUGUAGUUUUAGGAGAGACGGGGUUUCACCAUCUUGGCCAGGCUGUUCUCAAACUCCUGACCUCGUGAUCCACCCGCCUCGGCCUCCCAAAGUGCUGGAAUUACAGGCAUAAGCCACCAUGUCCGGUCUAGAGUUGGGGGUCUUUCUAUGUUGCCCAGGCUGGCCUUGAACUCCAGGCCUCUAGCAAGCCUCCCAUCUCAGCCUCCCAAGGUGCUAGACUACAGGUGUGAGCCACUGCACCAGGCCUCAUACUUUGGUUUCUGAGCAGGAGAUUUUGUUCCACAGUAACCCAGCUCUCUUUCGUCUAAGAACUUUAGAUGAGA